UGUGACUUAAUUUGAUUUUGGUGGCUAAAGAUUAAAAUAGACAGCGGAAGUUCUGUUGUGUCCAGAUUCAAAUUAGCCACAUUUUCGUCGUGAACUUCAGUAGUUAUUGGUAGCGAUAGGUUCAGCCCUUUGCAUAGUUUAAACACAUAUUUUGGCUAUGUUUGAGUUGGCCUCUUAAGUAACUCGAUCGAUUAUUUACCCGAUUACUAGCCUUCAUGUUGCAAACUAUUCAGUUCAUCUAUUUCGUUCAAUAAAAUUUGGAUUGAGUUUGUAGUGUUAUCCGAUUGUGCAGUUUGACCGGUGACGAAAUUAUCACGGAAUCGAUAUUUUGUUUUUACGAUGAUAUUGGGGAGCACUAGCAUUCUAUACGAUUCGGGCAUGUAUGGGUCUGUGGUGCAGCCCCUGCUUACUGACCUCUACCAAAUCACCAUGUGCUAUGGCUACUGGAGGUCAAACAAGCACAACCAGAACUCAGUCUUUGAACUGUUCUUCCGCAAAAACCCAUUCAAGGGAGAGUUUACUAUCUUCUGUGGCCUUCGCGACGUCAUAGUGUUCCUGGAAAACUUUACUAUCACAGACGAGGACGUGCAGUACUUGAAGAGUGUGAUGCCAGACGCAGAGCCGGAGUUCUUCCACUACAUGCAGAGUUUGGAUCCAAAGCAGAUGAAGAUCCGGGCCCAGAAAGAGGGCUCGGUGUGUUUCCCAAGAGUGCCUCUCAUUACUCUCGAGGGUCCAUUGGCUCUAUGUCAAUUGGUGGAGACUACUUUGCUAACAUUAGUCAACUUUGCCAGUCUUGUGGCGACGAAUGCAGUGAGAUACAGACUGGCAGCUGGCGAUGACAAAAUUCUGCUAGAAUUCGGUCUUCGAAGAGCCCAAGGUCCAGAUGGAGGACUAACAGCAAGUAAAUACUGCUAUGUUGGUGGAUUUAACGCAACAAGUAACGUUCUGGCGGGAAAGAUGUACGGAAUUCCUAUCAAGGGAACCCAAGCUCAUUCAUUCGUCACGUCGUUCUCAAAAAUCUCAGAGCUGAAAGAGCAAAAAACAACGCUCAAGUCCAAAAAUGGCGCACAAGAAUGCGAUCUCGUUGACCUGACUAUAAAAUAUCUAGAAGACGUGAAAAAUGUUCUAGAGAUCCCAGAAAUACACGAAGGAGAGCUAGCUUCGUUUAUAGCAUAUGCAUGCGCCUUCCCGGAAAACUUUCUUGUGCUAAUAGACACUUAUGCGACGCUAGGAUCCGGCAUUGCUAGUUUUCUAGCAGUUGCGCUAGCCUUGGACCAUAUAGGGUAUCGUGCCACGGGAGUCCGAAUUGAUUCUGGAGACUUAGCGUAUCAGAGUCAUGUGGUGCACGACAAAAUGUGCCUGGUUGCCGAUCGACUAGGUGUUGAGUGGUUCAAAACAGGAUUAACAAUCGUAGCCAGCAAUGACCUUGACGAGGAGACGCUUUACUCAUUUCGCAAUCAAGACCACAAAAUCAAUGCAUUUGGAAUCGGAACCAACUUGGUAACAUGUCUCAAUCAACCUGCUCUCGGGUGUGUGUACAAAAUAGUAGAAAUCGAAGGUCGGCCCUGCAUGAAAUUAGCCCAAGAAGUUGGAAAAAUGACUUUCCCUGGAAACAAAAAAGUUUACAGGCUUCAGGGAUCCCAGGGAACCGCAAUUUUGGAUUUGAUAUCAACUGAGCAUGAACCAAAGCCUGAAAUAAAUCAGCCCGUUUUGUGCCGAGAUCCAUUCACUGCUACUAAACGAGCAUACUGCAAACCUUCGUCGAUUCAAGAACUUCUGGUUCCAGUUUGGGAUGAAAACGGUUGCGUAGAACCAGUACAGACGCUGCAAGAAGUAAGAGAGUUUGUUCUGGAAUCACUGAAAUCUCUUCGAGCAGACGUGAAAAGAAAACUAAAUCCAACUCCUUACAAGGUUUCUCUGUCUAACAAAUUAUUCGAUUUCAUGCACGAUCAGUGGUUGCAGAAUGCUCCCAUUGGGCAACUUGACUAGCCUGCUUCGUAUGCCAUGAUUCAAUUGUCUUGCUCGUCUAUUUAAAAUUGUACAGCUAUUAUGUAGAAAAUGUAUAACUUCUGUUUACUGUAAGUUUCAUGUCAACUGAAACUCAACACUUGUUUCUGUAAUUAUCUUGCGCAUUUCUUGCAAAAGGACUAGGACCCACAGCUAUUAUGUAGAAAAUAUAACUUCUGUUUACUGGUUAUUUUAUAUCAACUGAAGCUCAACAAUUGUUUCUGUAAUUAUCCUUGCUCAUUUCUUUCUUAAGUACAGGACCCACAGCAGUUUCUAAGAAUUAUUUGGUUCCAAAUUGCCACGAAAAUGAGAUAAUUUAUGCAUUUUGUCAGGAUAAUUUAAAUCGAGACUGUAGAGAAAAACAUGGUAAAUGCAGUUUUCUUCCACAGAGCUUAUUACACAAGCAUAGCUUGUGUUGUAGUAUGAACAUCCUUUUUUUCCAACCUAAGUCGCAAAUAUUGUUGCGAUGCAAUGGUUGCGACAAAAUGUGUUAAUUUUGAAAGUGUUCCAUUUUGAUCCAGCUCUUAAGUACAGCCAAUGCUGAGGAUAUUAACACAGACUAUUAUAUUACAAAUAGCCAUUUAGCUGCAAGGUAUCAUGGAUCUGUAGUUUAGAGAAAGGAAAGGAGACCCGCAUGAAAAUAAGAGGGUUCGAUUCUGGGUAGGGUCGGAUGUUUUUUUAAUGAAAUUUUUCGUAUACUAGUUAAAAUGCGUCCGCUCUAUAAAUUGAGGCAUGUUAGUUGGUAAAGUAGUACUUUUUUCAAAUUGACUGGUAUUGCUAAUGCGUCAUAAUUGGCUUGCGUCACUUAGCAAUUAGAUGGCGCGUGUCACUUAUGAACUUUUAAAGACUCAAACUUUUACUCAUUCAGUUUUUCCCAGUAGCGUUAUCGGUCAUAUUUUUGCGUUUGUAUGCAACAUGCAACUUCGCCUCUGUGUUUAAACUAUCCGGUCAAAAGACGCAAAUUUUGAAACUGCACGCGUUUUCCUAAUUUUGACAUUCGAUAAAAAGGUAUGAGCGCAGAAAUAGGUUCUCAAGCCCAACAAUUUUUGCGAUCUUUGUCUAAUCGCGAAUAAAAAUCUGUGAAAACUUGUCAAGAUUGUGUCAAGAUCUUUCAGAAAAGUCCAAGAAUCUUGAAGACAAAAAAACAGAGAUUGCAAAGGAUCUUGAAGUUAUUACAAAGAUUU